AACAAGACAUCCAUACUGUGCUGAGAGAGAUGUCUGCCUCAAUUGCUGAACAGAGGGUGAAGAUUGCAUUCCUAGAAAAAGAGAAUCAAGAUCAAAGAGAGACAAAUAAGGAAAUUCUUGCUCAGCAGACUACACUCCAGCAACCCUGUUUACAGGACAUCCAUGCUGUUCUGAGAGAAAUGACUGCUUCACUGGCUGUACAGAAAGAGCAGAUCACUCUACUACAACAAGAGAAUCAAGGUUGUCUAAUAGUUGGUGUUAUUUGGUUAGUGGUAUGGUUCAAGGUAUGUAUAAGUAAAGGUCAGGUUGCCCGGUCGGACGACGAGGACCCUAAUUGCCUUUUCUCACAAGCUGCAGUGGCCGCAGACUCCGUGAAUUGUUCGGAGAUUGGACGGGACAUUCUUCAGAAAGGUGGCUCUGCAGUAGAUGCUGCCAUUGCUGCGCUGCUGUGCACCUCCAUCAUCAACCCACAGAGUGCGGGGAUCGGAGGCGGGGUCAUAUUCACUGUGAUGGACAGCUCUGGCAAAGUGAAAAUCAUCACCUCCAGAGAGACUGUCCCCAGCAGCGUGAACUCUGACCUGCUUAAGUCAUGUCAUAACAGCACAGAGUGGACGCAAGGUAACAAAUGGAUUGGGGUUCCUGGGGAAAUUCGAGGUUAUGAAGCGGCACACCGACUUUAUGGGAAGUUGAAUUGGACCGACCUCUUUCAGCCAACCAUCAAAUUAGCCAGAGAAGGAUUCCCUAUUCCUUAUGUCCAAGGUCAACACAUCCCACGCAUUAAUAACACGUCAAUAAGGGAGCUAUAUUUAGAUAAAAAUGGGAACCUGCUUAAGACCGGUGAUAUUGUGAAAUUUGAGAAACUGGCUGACACUUUGGAGAUGAUCGCAAACGAGGGACCAGACGUGUUUUACAAAGGAACAAUAGCAAAGAAUUUAACCAGUGACAUACAGGAUGCAGGAGGAACACUCACACUGGAGGACUUGGCAUCGUAUGAAGCUAAAGUGACUGAUGCAUGGAAUAUUUCUUUGGGAGAGUACCAGAUGUACUUCCCUCCGCCCCCUUCAGGAGGAGCCAUCCUCAGCUUCAUCCUCAACGUCAUGAAAGGAUACAAAAUGAAUUCAGAACCUAAGACGACUGAUGAAAAGAUUUUGUUUUAUCACCGUUAUAUUGAAGCUUUAAAAUUUGCCAAUGAAUUAAAGACAAAUAUCAGAGAUCCAAAGUUCAGCUCAGAUGAAACGGCAAAGAAACUGACAGAGGAUAGUUUUGCAGACCGCAAACGAAGCGAGAUCAGCAGCAACAAGACUCGUGAUCCUGGCAUCAACUUGUAUCCGGACAGCAUCGGCACCACACAUGUAUCUGUAGUGGCUGCAGAUGGAUCUGCUGUGUCUGUCACCAGCAGCAUCAACGACGAAUUUGGCUCCAAGGUCCUCUCUCCAAGCACUGGGAUCAUUCUCAACAACCAGCUGUCUGACUUCUGUGGUAGAGCUAAUAGCUUCUCUCCUGGGGAGCGGCCUCCCUCCAAUAUGGCCCCAUCUGUGCUGAAGUCUCUGUCGAAGACGCUGGUGAUUGGAGGGUCUGGUUCUGAAAUGAUUCCACCGGCAGUGGCCUCGGCGCUCAUGAACCACCUUUGGUUUGGAAAGAGUCUUAAGGAGGCAAUUGAUACUCUGGUUGUUCUUGUAGACUCUAAAAGUGAAGUAAAACUUGAAUCCAAGCUUGAAAAGGAUGUAGUUGAUGGUCUUGAAGCUCUGGGACAUAAAGUAUCAAAAUUCUACAACGCAGUUAACGCUGUGGAAAAGGCGUGCAGCUGUAUCUCUGCAUGGUCUGAUGAAAGGAAAAAAGGCAAAGCAGCUGGUUACUGAGACCAAGAGUCGGUGAUGUUAGUUAUACAGCAUGGUCUUAAGGUUAUGGACACUGCUGUAGCUACAACACUGGUAAAUCUAUAUUUGUCUGUUAACUGAUAGUACAUACAUGCUUUACUCAUGUGUCUAAAAAGUUCGUGAUAUUGAAAACAUAAUGCAACAAUCAGAUCAUUUACAUCCCAAAUUUCAUGCAAAAUUGUGCAAAGAUAGCAAUGUAAAAACUAGACGUUUCUUUUUUUUCUUUUUUUGGGGGUGGAUUGCUGUUGAUAUCCGCCUCAAAUUUUUUACAAUCAAUAUGACCUUUUAAAUAUUUGUUCAUUUUGGGUUUUGACUAAACAAGGAAACAGCUUUCAGGUCGAAAUGUGAAGCCCAUGCCUAUGUUUCUUCGACCUGCAUUCUUUCUAAACAGCAGGCCAGCAGGUUGAGACUGACUGCAAAAGUUUUGGUUAUAGUAAACAAUUCAUAUUUUCAGGUCUCAUCAAAUUCAUGUUUACUUUGUAAAUUUUAAAGUAAGGUACACUUUAGGGCAGACCUAAGUUAUCUAUCAAUUGAUUUGUAGUCCCCCCCCCUCCAAAAAAAAGUAAAAAACUAAAAGCAAGCCGAAAUGUUCAGUUUAAGGCUUCACAAAUGGAACUUUACAAACUAGUGGGAAAAGUCUGUGUCUAUGUCCAUCUUUUAUAUACAGCAUAUGUGAAACUCAAAAUCACAACUGUAGGACAGGAGUACACCUAACACCGGUGUAGUUACUGUUACAGGCAUGUCAGCAUCAACAAAGCUAGAUCUCACAGACUGUUAGAGCUAAAUAGAAAGGUCGGGUCAGUUUUUUAUAUGAAUAUUAGAAGCCACAUUUAAAUGCUUUUUAUUAUUAUGUUUUUAUAUUUAGUUUGCAUAUUAAGAUUUUCUGCUUCAUUAGUUCAUCCUGCUGUUGUUUUGCUGUUAUAAAGUGUGGGUAAUUCUGCUGAUGUGCUCAUGGUAAAAGUUAAUCUCACAAGUAGUUUGUGAGGCAACAGUUUUCUUUUCACCUUUUAUCUGUCUGAGCUCCUCUGUUUAUGCUCCUGAAAAAAACAUGAGGUCCAGUUCAAGAUUAAUGCUAUCUAUCCCUCGGGCUAAACUCAAAUCUCGUGGUGAUAGAGCCUUCUCUGUGGCAGGUCCCAGACUUUGGAAUAGUCUUCCCCUAAAUAUUAGAUCUGCACAAACACUUGAUCAAUUUAAAUCGCUUCUAAAGACACAUUUUUAUGGCCUGGCUUUUAACACAUUAUAACCCAAGCAUUUUGGUCUUAUUUAAUAGUAUUAGUUAUUGUUUUAACUCUUUCAAGAUAUAUUUAUUGACCAAUUCACAUGUUUAUAUGACAGUGGAAUUUACAGCAUCAGAUAGUUGCUCUGCUUUUGUACAUUAACAUCACAUAGCAUAACAAAAUGUAACAAAACAUAACAUAACAUGGUGCAAUACGCUCCCACACGCCCACAACCCCGGUCCCAGAUGUCCAGCUAGCUUAUCCUAAUGAGAAGCCAAGAAAUUAUAACUGCUUGUUAUAGCUGCAGAAAUGUUGAGAGAGGUGCCCAAAUUUUACUGAAAGAAGAGAGUCUAUCACAAAAUGUAUAUCAUAUUCGUUCCAGAUGUAGUGUAUUUGCAUCUCUCUUCUUCCAAUGAGUGAGAAUAAGUUUCUUUGCAAUAACAAUACAAUAGGAUAUAAAACACCACUUUGCACUGUCUAUUCCCACAGUAUCAUCAAAUACGCCCUGAAUAAUUAUUAGUGGAUCAGGGUUCAACUGCACAUGAGGAAUUUGAGAGAUUAAAUCAAAGAUGUCGGCCCAAUAUUUUUUUUUUUUUGCCUUGGGUCAAAAAACAAAACUGCGGCUUAACGUAUCUUCAGCUAGGGAGCAUUUCUCACAGGAGAGACCUCAGGGUAUAUUUUAUUUAACCUUUCUCUUGAAAAGUGUAGACGAUGUAAAAUUUUAAACUGAAUCAAGCGGUGUCUUGCAUUAUAGGAGCAUUUAUGGAUAUUCUACAAACCUUCUUCCCACUGAAUGUCUGUGAUUGUGAUACUUUAUUCUUCUUCCCAUUUAGAUUUGAUAAAGGAUGAGCUCACAGGGCUUAUUGACAUUAGAUUCUGAUAGGUGCGAGAGAUAAAUUUCUCACUAAAAGGUGAAAGUUGGAGACACUUGUCGAGACCGGAAAUGUUGAAACUCUCGAAGCCCUGUACAUAUUUCCUGACAUAUUCUCUUAUCUGCAGGUAUCUGCAGGUAUCUUAAAAAGUCUCUCCCUGGUAGCUUGUAUAUCUCUUGUAGCUGCUUGAAAGAGGCAAAGACACCCUCCCAGUAUAGAUUACUGAUUGUGCAAAGUCCUACCUGUUUCCAAAGUCUAAAUGUAUUGUCUAGAAUAGACGGUUUAAAACAUGGAUUCCCUACAAUGGGUGCAAUGGGGGAUAGAGACUUCAAAUUAAAGUGUAGUUUAAUCUGUUUAAGAAUACGUAUGGUGCUAUGUAUUACCACAUUGCCGUCAUAUAUAGACUUAUUAAUUGGCAGGGGAGACAGCAGUAUAGCUCCUAUACAGUAAGACUUCCAGCUUCCAGCUCCAGGUGCAACCAUGUGAGGGGCCUGCCGUUGUCAGCUAACCAGUAUGUCAUGAAUUUUAUAUGCACAGCCCAGUAAUAGAACAAGAAAUUCGGAAGCGCUAACCCUCCCUCUGUGUUAGACUUGGAAAGAUGUUUCCUAGCAAUUCUAUGUGUUUUAUUGCCCCAUAAAAAAGGUAAGAUGAGUGAAUUUAGGUUUAUAAAAAAUGUUUUAGGAAGGAACACAGGGAGAUUUUGAAAUAAGUACAACCACUUAGGCAAAAUUAUCAUCUUUAUAGCAUUAACUCUACCAAUGAUGGAUAUAGGAAUUGUAUUCAAGAACUGUAUACUUGACUGAAGCUCAGAAAUUAAGGGAGAGAAGUUAGAUUUUAAUAGAGAGGAAUAGCUUUUUGUAACCUGAAUACCCAGAUAAGUCAGCUUCUCAUAAGUUACGCUGAAUGGGAGGUUUUGCAGCCAUGAUGGGUUACUCACAUGUAUAGGCAUUAGUUCACUUUUAUUCAGAUUUAUCCUGUAUCCAGAGAAAGACCCAAAUAACUUAAUUUUGUCUAAUAUGGCAGGAAUAGUCUUUCCUGGUUGGGUGAUAUAUAAUAACACAUCAUCUGCAUAGAGUGAGAUUUUAUUAGUAGUUGUAUCAGUAUUAUAACAAAAAUAGUUGGAUCUUUGCGUGUGCUUUCAGCAAGGGGCUCUAUUGCCAAGGCAAAUAUCAAUGGGGAGAAGGGGCAUCCCUGUUUUAUCCCUCUAUAUAAGCCAAAGGAUGGUGAUAGAAUCUGGUUGUAAGAACGCGAGCAUGAGGAUUGACAUAAAGCAACUUCACCAUUGAAGAACCAACAUUCUCAGCAUUCCUACCUUUUUUAUAAAUGACAGUUAUAAUUGCCUCUGUAAGGGUGGGAGGGAGGAUUUUAUCUGCUAGAGCUUGACUAAAUGUUUUAUGCAGGUAUGGGCACAAAAUCUCACUAAAUUUCUUAUAAAAUUCACUUGGGAUGCCAUCUGGGCCAGGAGCAUUAUUGUUCUUACUUGAAGCAAUUGCCCUCUUGAUUUCUUCUAUUGUUAUGUCUGAGGUUAAGUGUGCGAGUUCAUCCUCCCCUAGGUUUGGAAAAGUGCAGCUAUCCAAGAACUUUUUCAUAGAUUUACAAUCUAUAUUUUGUGUAGUGUAUAAAUUUGGAUAAAAUUGAAAAAAAUGAUUGUUAAUGUCUCUGGAGUCUGUUGAAGCCUCACCUGCAUUAUUUGUAAUUUUAUGAAUUGUACCGUCUUGUUCUUGUUUUCUAAGUUGUCUUGCUAACAUUUUAUGUGGUUUGUCACCAAGCUCAAAGUAUUUCUGCUUGGUGUACAAAAAGGCUUUACUGUUUUUUGCUGAGAGUAGAUUAUUAUAUUCAUAUUUUAAAGACAGUAUUCUCUUAUGUAGCAUAGUGGAUAGCGUUCGGGCGUUCUCUUUAACCAAAUCUUUAAAUUGUUAGUCCAAGUCAAGGAGCUUAGCCCGGUUUCUCUUCCUUCUGGCUGAUUCAAAAGAGAUAAUAGCACCCCUUAAGUAGGUCUUAAAGGCCUCCCAAAGUGUAGAAGGCUUAGUUUCUGAGUUGUCAUUUACAUCAAAACACAGAGAGAUCUGUGUCUCCAAAUAUUCCUGAAAAUCCUUCUCACUUAACAAUAGAGGGUUAAGUCUCCAUAUUUUCUGCGGUCUAGUUGCAUUUUGGAUGUUUAAGGUUAAUGUGACAGGGGAGUGAUCUGAGAUGACAAUGUUGUGAUAUUUUGUGUCAAUGACAUAUGGCAUUAAUUUGGCAUCCAAAAGAAAGUAGUCAAUUCUACUAUAUGAAUUAUGCCUAGUUGAAAAAAAAGAGUAAUCCCUCCCAGCGGGGUUGGCAAUUCUCCAAACAGACACAUUUGAAUUAUCAAUAAAGGUGUUAAGAAAUGCACUGGAGUUGUUACUGACCUGCUUAGUUAAAGAAGAUCUUUCAAGGUAGGGGUCCAACACACAGUUAAAAUCCCCACCAAUGAUAAGGUUUGUUUGGGACAUGUCUGGGAUAAGUGUCAUCACUUUUUUGAAGAAAGAUGGACUGUCCACAUUCGGGGCAUAUAUAUUUAGUAGAGUGAGAGGUAUAGAAAACAGCUCCCCGACUACAAUUAAAUAGCGUCCGUUUCUGUCUAAUAUUGUGCUUUUAUGUACAAAUGGAAUACCCUUCUUUAUCAUAAUAGCUGUAGCUCUCGCUUUAGCAGGGAAGGUAGAAUGGUACACAUUCUCAAUCCACCUAAUCGUAUAUUAGAUUUAUCUUUCAAAUGAGUUUCCUGCGAGAAGACAAUAUCCGGUCCCAAUGUUUUAAGAUGAGAAAGAACUUUUCCUCUUUUAACUGGAUUGUUUAAUCCUCGCACAUUCCAACUAACGAAGGUUACAUUUCUGCUGCUUUGUAAGCUUACAUUAUUCUGAGCAGCCGUGUCAAUGAAAAGUUGGGAAUGUUAUUAUCUGGCUCUGCAGUAUUUAAAGCAACAACGUAACAGCUGGGCAUGGGACCCACCGUACCCUCCCUACUAACCCCCCAAACAAACAUUAGAAAAAACAGAUAUAAAUCAGUAAACACGGGUGUGCACUCUGGCCACAUAUACAAGGGUAAACAAGCAGCAGUGUGAGAAAAGAGAACUACGGAAGGCACUCACAACAGGUAAAAUAACAAUCAAAAGGUAAAGUAAAAUAAAAUAAAGAACAACACAUUAUACUUUCCCAUACUGUUACUGCUAACCUCUGUUAACCUAGUAACUUUUACCUUCUAACUGACAGCUCGUCAAAAGUAAUAAACGUUCCGUAUGUACAUUUAAGUGGGAUAUAAAUGGAAAAGAAAAAACGCAACGUUAUAAAUAACGUCAACGUUAUACAUAUAGAUAUAUCCGUGCUUUUAAUACAUUUUAAGGUGGAUGGGAGAGGUGCUUCUCCGCGUAGUCGAGGGCCUCUUUGGGAUCGGUAAAAGUUUUCCUCAUAUCACCAUGGGUCACUAACAGCUUUGCAGGGUAUACCAGUCCAUACCUGAACCUGGGCAUCCCACGUAGCAUUCCUCUGACAUUUGCAAAUGCAGCUCUGCGCUUGGCAACAGAGGGAGGAAAAUCUGGGAAGAUGUUUAUUUUAAGCCCCUUACACGUCAGGUUCCUGUUCUCUGCAGCUUUCCGCAGAAUGUCCUCGCGAACGUGGUAGUAGUGCAAUCUUAAGAUGAUGGGCCGAGGAGGAUCACUUUGUUUUGGACGUUGGCGAUUCGCUCUAUGUGCUCGAUCAAUAAGUGGCUUCUCCUCAAGAGAUAGCGCCUCCGCCAAAAGUUGUGAAACAAACUUAGUCAUCUUGGGUCCCUCUUUGCCUUCUGGUAUUCCCGCGAUUCUUACAUUAUUCCUCCUGGAGCGUGCCUCAAGAUCUUCACAUUUUUCAUCUAACUUCUUUAACUCCGUAGACAAACACUCCAUAGUGGCCUCGAGAGUGGCGAUGGUGUCAGAGUGGUUUGAGGCACAGGCCUGCAGUUCAGUCAAAGUGUUAUCAUGCCUGGCCACAUCGCUUUUUAUGUCCGAAAUUGAGGCCUGGAUGCUCUGGUUCAAGGAUGAUAUCUCGCCUCUUAUGGUGGUAGAAAUCUCUAAUAUGCGAGUGUCCAGUGUAGCGCACAAUUCAGACUUGAUGGAAUUUAUCUCUGAACGCAAGCUAGUUAUAGCGGUAGUAGCGCUUUAUUCGACAGCUCGCAUUCAUCCUUUUCCAGUGCAGGCGGGGGGUCCCCACCAGGUGAGUCCGAAGAGGCUUUGAGGCCUACAUCGCUCGCAUCGUUCUUCUUAAGUUUGGGCUUCACCAUUGUCGAGAGGCUCUAAGAAAUAUAUCCACAGUAAUCAGCACGUUAUGAAUUUGACGUAAAAAUGCGUUUGACGUGCUUUUGAGCGUAUUAAAAGAUUUUUUUUUUUUGUAAUUUUGACGAGCUAUCCAGAGGGACGUCUUCACUCGCAGAUGCCUCACUAGCGCCCCAUUAUUGUUUUAACUCUCAUGCUGUCCUUUUAUUUUUAUUGUUGUACUAUUGUUUUACAUUGUUUUUGUUUUAAUGGCAUUUUCAUAUUGUUAAGCACUUUUUGUGCGUCAUGGUCUGUCUGGAAAUGUGCUAUAUAAAUAAAUUUGACCUUGAACUUUUUAUAGUUGUUUUAUGUGUUUUACUGAUAGGAAUACAUAACCUGGACCUAAACUGAAUAUGUUUUGCUUUGAAACUGUCAACUUUGUGUACAAUAAAUUCUUUUCUUCAGUU